CCCCGCGUUCCUCCGUAGCAAUGGUGGGAACGGCUUCCGGCCGGGGGCUCGGCGGCUCGGCCGCCGAGUUCGUCCUCCCUCCGCCCCCCACUCCGUCGCCGCCCUUCUCUUUCCUCCUCUGUCUCCGGCGCGCUGAUGCCCCGCGCGCUGCCGGAGAAGUGGGGCUGUCGAGGAAGGCGCGACCGCCCGGUUAGCCGCCGCCGCCGCCUGAACAUGUUUUCUCUUCAACUACCUCCGAUUCCAGAUCAGUGGUUUGGGACGAUACAGCGCCGCGGUAGCUAAGCUACCUAGAGCGCGCACGGACCCAUCAGAUUUCAAGCGGCCUUGGGGUCGUCCACUACUCCAGGGUACUGUGUAUUGACGGGCUCGGCUACUCAUCCGUUUACUGAGUGUUGACUGACUCGGCUAGGUCCUGACGAAUGCCUUGACUCCGCAUCAAGGGCAGCCACUCAGUUUCAGAAUUUUAAGCACUUCAUUCUGAUUUCGGGCCAAGCUUUGUAGAUAUUAUCGGUGGAUGGUCACACAAACGUCAGGCAACAAUUUAAUCCAUGUUUGCUUCUGCAUGACAGUCACAUGACUUGGAUCUACAUGACUUGUUGAGAACAUUGUUUUAUGAUCCUUGAUCAUUAAGAUUGGUCCUACUGUACAUAGCAAAAUUCCUUGUUCAAAGAGCCUGCUUGUCACCAGAUUGUAAUUAUAUCACCUGGAAAAUACACAAACCCUGUUCCCUGAUAGAGCUGUCACUGUUUUAAAACAUCCGAAGUUCACAAUGUAUUUUGAUGGUCACACUUGAGGACUUAAAGUGCUCCAUAAAAUCGGACCUUUCCUCUUGCUUUCCCUUUUUUUUUCUUUCACUAAAUUCAUACUUUCGACUAGGACCAGGCCAACCUGUUUCUUUUCAUGUGCCGGUCACUAUCGUGAUUUAUAAAUCAGCAUCAUCUUUAGUGCUGCAACUUCUCCUUUGAGCACCAGUCAGUUCAUCUUGCAGAGCCCAAGAAACAAUACUCCUCUGCCCCCCGAAAAUGCCCCCUUCUAUUCUUUGUAUGUCUCUGGUUCUGUUCGCCAUCCAUGCUAUUCCUGCCAAGGCUGCUCUUCCCGCCAACGAGACUGAAAUUUCUUUGGGAUCCAAAAUCGAUGCGGGCGGUGUGCAAAGUUGGGUCUCACCUUCAGGGCGCUUUGCUUUUGGCUUCUAUCCUGAUGAUGAAGGCUUCUCCAUCGGAGUCUGGCUUAUAAUCGGCGAAUCCAGAAAUAUUGUGUGGACUGCCAACCGGGAUGAUCCCCCGGUUUCUGGUGGCUCAAUUCAGUUAACCUAUGGUGGUCUUCAAUGGAUUCCAGCUAAUGCUGGCAGCCAAGGGAAGUUCAUAUUCGCCACCUCUACUCAGCCUGCCUCUGCUGCGAUGAUGGACACUGGCAACUUUGUGUUGUACGACAUCAAAAAACAGGUCCUUUUGUCCACCUUUGCUUCUCCGACGGACACCUUAAUACCAGGACAGAACCUAGUUCCUGGUAGCCAGCUGUUCUCAAGUGUAUCUGACACUAACCAUGCCAUGGGGAAAUAUCGCCUUUCCAACCAGCUAGAUGGCAACCUUGUGAUGUAUCUUGUUGACGCAGCUGACCCUGAUAACUCAUACUGGAAUACUGGCACUUAUGGCAAUUCCUACCUCUUUACAGUUUUCUUGGAUCCCAAUGGCACACUAUGGAUGUUCGACCAAAAUACAACAUAUACGAAAGUGUUGUUCCUCACAAACCAAUCUUCUAACACUUCCUCAGACACAGAUGUCUACUUUCGUCUGACAUUGGACGCGGAUGGUAUAUUGCGACUCUACUCCCAUGUGUUCUUUGGGCAGGGGAGAGCACCCAUGACAGAAAUCAUAUGGCUGCAGCCUAGCAGUGAUCCCUGCGAUGUGAAAGGUGUUUGUGGUCCAAAUAGCUUCUGUCAUAUGAGUUCUAAUGGGAAAAGUAGCUGCUCUUGCCUCCCUGGUUUUGAAUUCUCAAGUCCUAACCAAAGCAUGCAAGGUUGCUGGAGGGUGCGGACUGGUGGUUGCACAGGGAAUAGCUCUACUGAUGAUAUCAGACUGAUAGCUACGAUGUUUGAGUUGAAGAACACUAGCUGGUCAGAUAAGUCAUAUGCUGUUCUACCUCCAACGACAAGCAUUGAAGCUUGCAAGGAUCUUUGUCUCUCUGACUGCGCUUGUGAGAUCGCAAGGUUUGAUUCCUACUGCUCAAAGCAGAUGCUUCCUAUGAGGUAUGGCAAGAUGGUUUCUGGUAGCAACACUACAAUAUUUGUGAAGGUCUACACCUAUGAAUCCAGAGGCUUCCUCAGAAAGACAAGGUCUGGCCCAGUCGCCAUAUUGAUAUCAGGUGCUGCAUUGGCUGUUUUCUCACUUCUUGUGUUCUUUGCAUCCAUACUACUCUGCAAGCAUCAGCUGCCAUUGCGGUACAUGAGGGCUCCACAACAGCAGCACUCAGAAUUUGAUGACGAGAGCAUAGCUAUUCGAUCCUAUUCUUUCCAGGAUCUGGAGUUGUCCACAGAUGGAUUUGCUGAAGAGCUAGGAAGGGGUGCUUAUGGUACGGUGUUCAAAGGUUUCUUCACCAAUAGUAACAAGGACAUUGCAGUGAAGAGGCUUGAGAGGAUGGCGGAAAAUGGGGAGAGAGAGUUCCAGCGGGAAGUGCGUGCAAUUGCACAAACGCACCACCGUAACCUUGUGCGAUUGCUCGGAUUCUGCAACGAAGGCAUGCACCGCUUGCUUGUGUACGAGUAUUUGCCAAAUGGGUCCCUUGCAGACCUCCUCUUCAGGUCAGAUGCAGUGCCUAGUUGGAGCAACAGGGUUGCAAUUGUGCUGGAUGUUGCAAGGGGGUUACAAUACCUCCAUGAAGAGAUAGAUGGCCCUAUAAUUCACUGUGAUAUUAAGCCAGAGAACAUACUCAUUGACAGCAGGGGGGUGGCGAAGAUAGCAGACUUUGGCCUGGCAAAGUUGCUAAUAGGGAACCAGACACAGACCUUCACUGGUGUGCGAGGCACACGUGGAUAUCUUGCACCAGAAUGGAGCAAGAACACGGCAAUCACUGUGAAGGUGGAUGUUUACAGCUAUGGUGUCAUGCUCCUUGAGACAAUAAGCUGCAAGAAGAGCAUGGAGCUGAAGCUGGACGGUGACGAAUGCAACAUUUCUGAGUGGGCCUACGAGUAUGUGAUAUCAGGUGAUUUCAAGAAUGUGGCAGCUGGGGAAUGUGUCGAUGAGGUGGAGCUGGAAAGGAUGGUGAGGAUCGGCAUUUGGUGCACGCAGAAUCAGCCAGUGACACGGCCUACGAUGAAGAGCGUUGUUCAGAUGAUGGAAGGAAGCGCUGAAGUUCGGCGGCCUCCACCGCCUGCAUCAUUUUCGCAGUCACUGAUGCGAUCUGGAAGCAGCUGAUACCCCAGGUUGCCAUUGCGAAGAUAAGCUUGCUGUCUGGCAAACGGCAAUUACUCAAGGACGCAGUUACUGGAGGCAGUCCUGAUUAUGUAGUACGGAGAUGGAUCAUUUGGUAAGUUACAUUACAAAGCGGUAUGUAUCCGAACCACUAUCCAGCAGGUGGUUCUUUGGUUAUAUAAUAAGCAGCCUGCUAUUUUAGUUUCCUGCUUACACUAUAUAUUACACUGACUAGUACGUUGUGCGUAGCUUAGUUUCUGAGAGGUAAAUAGAGAGGGGUGUUUUGGUGCAAUAAUAUACACUGACUAGUGUUUUGGUGCGGGGUAAUAUACAGUACAUAUUUUUCUGCUGGGCC